UUAAGGACGAACACAUUAUCCUGGAGCUCUUUUACUGUUACAUUACAGGGGAUAGUUUAGGAUGGAUGGAAAGCUGUCUGAAGAAAAGGUGAAGUGUUUACAGGCCCCGUGGAGGUUUUCCCUCCGGACCGCUGGGUUUGAAGACAGGCUACUGACGGCUCUUGAGCUCUUCGAGCGAUUUCCUUUAGACAUAACAGUGACUGGAGGAACCCCUGAUGCCAAUGCCCAGCUCGCCUCUGCCGUCUGUGGGCUCGACAUGACCCAGGAGACAGAAGAAGAGGAUUUGACAGGUAAUGAUGAUGAGGAGGAGGAGGAGGAGGAGGAGGACGAAGAAGAUGAGGAAGACUGGGAGGAAGACGAAGAAGCAGAUGAAGAAGAUGACAUACAGCCUCCGAAAGAUGCUAAACGCCAGAGCAGCAGAAGAAAACGAGUACGGAUAGCGGAACAUUCUGAAUAUAUCGGCUGGGGCGUUCCUGAUUUUGAGUCGAUGCUUUCGCACAGUCGAAUCUCCAAUGUUCGCGUCAGGACCGUGCAGGACCAUCCGAUUUCUAAUUCGGUUAUUAAGACGAACAGCAAGUUGUAUGACUCCACACAUUUUGAUGUUCUGGUGGUCCUCACGACAGAAGAACGCAAGGAGGACCACAUGUGGCUCAAGAUGGAGCUGCACGACAGAGAUAAGCCUUUCUUUCUGGUGAACGCUGAGAAGGUGUGGGACGUGGUCGAGGAAAAACCCUCAGGGCCGUGCAUGACCUGUGCUUGGGAGAGAAUGAGGACUCGUAAUCUGGAGUUGCAGAAGAGGAGGAAAGAAGCGUUCGGAGAGUCGGCUGAAGCAACAGAUAGCCAGAGUCCUUCAAAUACAUCAGACGCAUCCGAGUUUGUGGAGAUGAAGGAUAUCGGUGAGGUGUUUGCUAAAGCCCUGCCUGACCUGAAGAAAAAGGCAUUUAGUCAGUUCUUGGUGGCGAUCACGAGGGAGCUUCGGAUUCCUAAAUUCAUUGCUGAUGAAACCCAAGUGGUGGUGUCCACCUCUUUAAAGUAUCGGAAGAUAAACCAAGAAGACCUCAACUUGAUCUCCAAGCUGUCACAGCCUAGAGAUGUCACAGACCAUCCCUCCAAGCUUCUGGCAAUCCUUACAUCUCUCGAUGACUUCCGUCUGGAUAUCGGUGUGUUGGGCGAGACGGGCUGUGGUAGCUCCAGCCUGGUCAAUGCUCUCUUGGCCAUUAAGAACAACGAGGAACAAUCUGCCCCAACUGGUGUCAUUGAAACUACCAAAGAGCCUACAGAAUAUCCCUACCCUGUGCUCCCCAAUAUCUCUCUUUGGGACCUUCCUGGCCUUGGAAAAAUAGGUGGUCUUGAUAGCCAACCUUCUGCAUCCGGCUUCAACCCAGCUCAGCUUGUAGCUUCCAUGUUUCCAUGUGAUGUGUACAUACUGCUGUCUCCUUUAAGACUUAGAUUGGGAAUCAUACAGUUAAUGCAGCAGUUGUCAUCACUGGGGAAAGAGUAUUACCUGGUGAUCUCCAUGGCUGAUUUGAUUGAGGAAACGUUUGUUGGGCAGGUCAGGGAAUGGGCUGAGGGAGUCUUGGGGGAAAUGGGUCUCCGGCAGAACUUGUUUCUGGUUUCUGCCCAGCAUCCGGAAACCUUGGACUUCCCCAAGCUUAAAGAGAUGCUUAACAAAGCCAUACCAAGCCAUAAGAAAGUCGCUCUUGUCAGAUAUGCAGCAAAGCUACUGGAUCAAGAUGUGUUUUGGAAAAGAUCAGAUUCUUGCAAAUUUAUGUAAAUUUGAAGAAUAAUGUUGCACCAACAAAAAGUACAUUGGUAUUGGGCAUGUAAAUUAUACAAUAUGUUUAUCAUUCAGCUUCAUAGCAUAUACAAAAGUAUUUACAACUAUUUUUGUGUAGACCCCUUAAAAUUCUUUCAUUAGAUUAAAUGAAAAAAGAAACAAAGCAAUAUAUUUGCGCAUUUGUCGAGAGCAUGUUACAUUAGGGAGGUUUUUUGUUUGACUAAGGCUAAGCAUCACUCUUUAAACAUGUUGAUAUACUUUCAUGACAGCCACACUGCUCUGAGUCAGACACACUCGCAUGUGUGUGUUUGCAUGUGCUGUUCUUAAUACUAUUGUUGUUUUUUGUGAUUACACCACAUUCCUGUUAGCAUUAUUUAGUUUACUGUCUUACAGGUGUUAACCGAAGACGUUUCAGAUGUCAUGCAUUGAGAUUGAAGUGUUUACUGAAAUGGAAGUGUCUAGUGUCUGGAUGUGGGUAACAUGUUGGGAUAGUCAUGCCUGCAUCAUGAAAACCACUUUAAAAUAACAUGCAUGGGAUAUUAUGACAUUGUGUACAUAUAAGGGACAAGUAUGCUGAGUGGAUUUCAGCUUGUUGCUGUGGAGUUGCUAGGUAAUUGUGGUGGUUGCUAGGGCAUUGCUUUGGAGUUGCUAUAGCUGUUCUGAGUAGUUUUUAGCUUGUUGCUAUGUGGUUGCUAGGGUGUGCUGAAUAGUUGCUUACUGGCCCAAGUAUACAGAGCCAAUCCAAAAAAGAUACUGUGGUCCCUCUUUAAUAUACAUUAUUGCUCAAACGUUUAGGGUCACUUAAGUGUUUCUGAAGAUCUUGAAACCUUUUGAUCUGAAGGUGUAUGUUUAAAUUGUUUAUUUCAUUAAAAACAUAUUUUUAAAUAU